AUGGCAGCGUCGGAAGGGCUGGCAAGUCAUGCGGUUCAAGACCGAACUGUUGUGGUUCGUUUCGCGUUGGAAGAAAUGGAAGACCUGCCCUUGAACGUGAGUAAUGUGGAUCUGGAAACGGUAACGGUGCCAUGGUUGAGACGCAUGUGUAGACAGCUGCGGGGCCGCUACACGCACAACAAGCGUCUCAGAUUCAUCAGAAAUGGUCGCUUUCUCACUGGACACACGGAUUUGCAGCUGAGACGUUAUUUCGAAAGCAACGAAGAGCCGGUUUUCUACGUGCAAUGCAUGGUGGGUCAAGAAAUGACACCUGAAGAGGCAUCCAAUGAAGAUUCGCUGGACGAAACUCAGCCUAACGCGGAAGGGGUCACAGCUCAGGCCAUAGGGUUCGAUCGAUUACGAUCAGUUGGAUUCAGUGACGAAGAAAUCGAGCUUCUGCGACAGCGAUUCCAGAGCACCUACGGAGACCUUGAAAGUCUCACACGAACUUCAGAUGGGCCCCAGGAUAUCCGCCAGCUUGAAGAGCAAUGGAUGGAGACAGGGGCUAACGACGACACUUCACAAAUGGGGGCCGUGGGUAUCGCCAAUUACAAACACAAUGCGGACCUGCUGAUAGGGCUGGUAGUAGGGUUUGUGCUUGGCGUGGCGAGUUUUCUACUGAUGACGCAGGACGGCCUGUUCAACAAGCGGCAGAAAAUGGCCAUUGUAGGGGGAUUAAUCAUAAACGUGUGUUUCGGGCUCACGCUGGGGUUUUCAAGGGGAUAG